AUGGCAUCUUUAAGAAAACUCGUUCGAUCUCACCCUUCUUUUCACUUUUCACUCUUUCCUCGGUUCCUAUCAAAUGCACCAUCUUCAAAAACUCCUAAAAUAUUUUUAGAAGGGUCAUUUGUUGAUUUAAGACAGGAAGGUGGCUAUUAUUUGGAUAAGACUCACUUCAUCCCUGAAAUAGAGGAUCUCAAAACUUGUGCGAUACUUUCUCUUCGUCCUCAUCAUUUCGGAAAAACACUAUUCCUCUCUACUUUAGAACGAUUCGAACAACUUUUCGGAAAUUUAUACAUUGGAAAAAACCCUACAAAAUUGGCAUCCUCAUUCCUCGUUCUGAUACUCAAUUUUGCUGGACUUCGCACUAAUGAUACGUAUGACAUCUUCAAAGAGGACUUUCACACAACUUUGAAUGUGAAUAUAUCAUGCUUUAUGAAGAAAUAUCGACAAGAGUUGGGAUGCCAUUUUCAAGUCAUUGACAAAAAUACAGACGCUUUGGGAAAUUUCUAUAGUUUACUAAGUGCUGUAAAAUUGAGUGGUCACAAGCUUUAUGUUUGCAUUGAUGAAUACGAUGCUGGUAUGUACGAGGCCCUUAAAAUCAAAACCAUCUUACAACCUCUUAUCACUCAUCAUAAAAAGGAAAGUGCAUCAUUUCAGAGUAAAAUAGAAAAAAUUGAGAGUUUGUUUUUCCAAUUUUACUGUCGUUUAAAGUUUGCUUGUGAUAAUGGUAUAGCCUGUGUUUUCCAAACUGGUGUGACUCCUGUCAAUAUGGAUGGAAUUAUUUCGGGUUUUAAUAUUUCGAUAGAUCUAACGUUAGAUGAAGAUUUUUGGGACUUGUAUGGGUUCAAGAAGUCGGAGAUUGAAUUUCUCUUAGACAAUUUUCUUGUUUUUCCAUCAGAUGUUAAGAGGGGAAUAAUAGAAUGGUUAAAGGAGGAAAAUGACGGGUAUUUCUUUAACCCUGAUCAAACUGAGGGUAUUUUUAAUCCAGCUCGUGUCUUAUACUGUAUUGAGAACUUGAUGAGAAAAAAAAAGAAACUUAUAGAUGAUGAUUAUCAAGAUGCUUCAACUAACAUCAAAAAACUUCUUAAAUUUCCCCCUGAGCUGCAAUCAUUACCCUCUCAAACAGCUUUGGACUUGAUUGUUAACAAUCCCCUUGGAAAAUCCAUUCUUACUGAAGCACUCAAUCGAAGCCCUCUCGAAUCUAGAAAUGGCAUAGAACAACGACUUCGACUCACCAAGAUUCGUGAGCUAACAACUGAUAGUACCUCGUUGUUGUCCUUCAUGUUCUAUACUGGAGCCAUCACAUAUAAACCAAACCCAUCAUCCACAUCAUUACAGCAUAGUUUUCGAAUCCCGAAUCGUGUUGCUGAAAGAGAAUUUAUCACAGAGACACUUAAUAUUUAUGACUGGAAGAAAGAGGAUUUAAUUCCUGUACGGAAAUUUUUGCAGAUUUUGGAGGCAGAGCAUAACAUUGAACCUCUUUGUCGAUUUAUAGAGAGAACUUUACUUAAGCCAUUGAAGGAUAACAGUGUUAAACAUUCAAACGAAGAGGUAUUGAAACAAGUCUUUAUGGAUACUUUAAUUCUCGCUUUUCAUGCAGACACUGAACCAGAAUUUCAGGUGCAUUCAACGAGCUCUAAUUUCAGUGGAAAAGCAAUUGAUUUGGUAAGAACAGGUAUCGGAAAAAGGAUAGCGAUCGAAUUUGAUGAUAUUAAGAUAGAAAACGUUAAAUUGGACAAAGCUCGAGAUAAUUGGCAGGAAGCAACUGAAGUUUCACGAUCGUUAUUGGAAAAAUCGGAGGAGGAAGUUUUGAAACUAAAAAUUAAUGAUCCUUUCCAGAAAAAUCAAAAGACAGUUGAGGAGGCUUUGGAAUGGAAGAUCAAAACGAAAAGCAGAGAAUACCUCGAGCCAUUACAAAAUCGACAAGAUGCAGAUUUGAAAUGCAUGUUUGUUAUUUUGAGAGUUGGUUUGCACCGCCUAAUUAGCAGGAAAGUUUAUGAUGUUAAUGAAUAA